UACACAAAGGUAGAGAAAGUUAUCUCUGUUCCAGAUGGUAUAGCUAUGACUGUAAUGUUUGCCUACUUAAUAAGGAAGAGAACCAUACAGAUCUCUUGGAUCUUCCAUCAUUAGACCAUAUUCUAUUUGAUUUGCUUGGAGCCAAAUUUGUGUCAGCGUGGAAGCGUGAAAAGUGCUGCAGCUUCACUUUCCCCUUCUUCAAAGAGUUAGCUGCUCAUUUCAGGAAGCUUUAUUGUAAUAACAGGUGUAUUCCUGCACACCUCUUUAGACUCAGCUUCCUGCAGGCAAGAAGAUUCAGGCAGCAUCUCUUAAAUGCCACUUAAUUACAUAAUUCUUAUUCUCGCUGUAUUGCAUUACUCCUCCAUUAUUUUCCUUUCUCUUUCCCUCUCCAGCUGGAGCCCUAUAUGGAUGAGAACUUCAUUUCAAGAGCUUUUGCUACUAUGGGAGAACUAGUUCUGAGUGUGAAGAUAAUUCGGAAUAGAUUGACGGGGAUUCCAGCAGGCUAUUGCUUUGUAGAAUUUGCUGAUCUUGCCACAGCAGAGAAAUGUUUACAUAAAAUCAACGGGAAGCCCCUUCCUGGUGCAACCCCUACAAAGCGUUUUAAAUUAAACUAUGCCACAUACGGGAAGCAGCCUGAUAAUAGCCCAGAAUACUCCCUGUUUGUUGGAGAUCUUUCCCCUGAUGUAGAUGACGGGAUGAUAUAUGAAUUUUUUGUAAAAGUAUACCCAUCAUGUCGAGGCGGAAAAGUGGUCGUGGAUCAGACGGGCGUUUCCAAAGGCUAUGGUUUUGUGAAAUUCUCAGAUGAAUUGGAGCAGAAAAGAGCACUGGUAGAAUGCCAGGGGGCUGUUGGCCUUGGUUCUAAGCCGAUACGCUUGAGCGUUGCCAUACCAAAAGCUAAUAGGCUGAAGAUGGUUGAGUACAAUCAGAUGUACAACUAUAACUAUAACCAGUACUACCAACAGUAUCAGAACUACUAUGCCCAUUGGGGAUAUGAUCAAAACACCGGCAGUUACAGCUACAGCUACCCACAAUAUGGCUACACGCAGAGUACCAUGCAGACAUAUGAAGAAGUGGGUGAAGAUGCAUUAGAAGGCUUCCUUUCUUUUUCAGACCCAAUGCCCCAGAUGGACGUGAGUGAAGCAAACAAGCAGUUUAUGGAGCAGAGCGAAGAACUCUAUGAUGCCUUGAUAGAAUGUCAUUGGCAGCCUUUGGACAGUGUGUCUUCAGAGAUCCAAGCUGUGUAAUUGCCUUGUUGCUGAUGUGCUCCCUCCGAGCCACGUGCCAGUGCGCCUUGGAUUCCUGCCAAGCACAUGGAAGUCGCAGCUGCAAACGGACUGGUCCCUCUGUCUCUUUCCUCCGGAUUCUUAAGUCAAGAAUGCAGAGGACAGCCUGGAGCACUUCCUGAACUCAUGGAACAGCAGCAGAGGACUGUGGUCACGUUUAUUUGAGAUGAAAUUAGAACUUGGAGACUUAGUUUUAUUUCUUCUCCCUUCCCACCCCCACCCUUUUGAUCUUAAGGCAAGACUUGUUUAUCCUAGCCAAGAAGUUCUAAUUUAUGGACUAAAUAAAAAAAAAUGGGAAAUCUUACUUCCAUGUACAAUAAAAAAUUAUCUUUUACACAGUAGGUGGGGUAUCUGGUGUUCUCCAUAGAGUAAAUGGGAUUAGGAGUCAGAAGCUGGUUCAUGGAACAGUUCCAUGAACACUUUCCUUUUAUGCUGAAAAGAAUCUCCUUAGAAAUGAUUUUGAAGCAAAACUGCAGUAUGAAAAAAAAUCUUUGAGGGAGCAGGUGAAAUAAAUUGGACAAAUUUCUAGCUCUUUCUGAGGUUGAUACAAAUUGUACGUUCUGAAGCAUGUACAGGCUACUUCUAAAACAACCAGACUGUCUGUUUUAAUAUGAAGAGUCUAAGGUGAUGAGAGAAAUUUUAAUUGCGUACUCAGUAGCUGGAUAAUACCUUUAUUAGGAGCCAGUGAGUAUGCAGAAAUGUGUCCUAGGACUUCAAAACUCUUCUGAUUAGCAAGGUGGUAAAAAAAAAAGAAGCAAAAGCAGUCCACAAAUCAAGCCAGAUGUUUCACUCAUGAGCUGUGCAGUUCAGAGUCAGUCUCAAUAUGAAGAUGAGCUAAAUGCAGUAAUUACUGAUAGGAGUUCCUAGUAUCGGAUUACAACUUGCAUUUAAAGAGAGAAGAAUAAAAGCUGCUUCCCCCAGUUUUGAAUGCACAAAUACAGUCUUUUAUAUUAUUGUUAUAUGAUGCAAAGAAAGGUGGGGAUUUAGAAGCUUUAAGCAAUGCUGGGCCAGUUUUACAAAUUGGCAUUUUUGGCAUCUCCAGGUAGGUCUAGAUGAAACGUCAGCCUGAAACGGAGGAGUUGCCUUGCUUGUUGCUGUAGAAGUUGUAUUGUUAACAGGAUGAUUCUCGUGACUACGGUGCAUUUAUUGUAGUGAAGAUUAAACAAAAAUUGCUAAAAGCAAACGGGCAUUACAUCAGGAGUAGAUGCCCACCUAGUUAAUUUCUGCAUGGAAAGGAAAAUGCGUACAUUUACAGCAGGGCUUAUUUCCAAUUUAGAAAUUAAGAGAAAUUUACGCGAGUCACUAAGUCUUACUGGGUAAGAGUAACAUGUAAAAAUUGUGUACCUGUGAUAACGGAACAUCUAAGUAAAUAUAUAUUGAAUCGUAUGAUUUUUUUACAUCAGGUAAUGCUGUAUCUGAAAAUCAGAGUACAUAACCUUUCACAGGAUUGUGGACAGGUUGUAGCUCUCAAACAUUUGAUCCACAUGCAGAACAUUUGGGGUUUGAUUCCAGCAUCUCUAGAUACAAAGACUGGGGGGGGGGGGGGGGUGGAAUGUGAAAAAAAAUUAAAAAAAAAAAAGUGCAUAUCCAGAGUUCCUCUGGAUGCACUUUGGUUAUAAAUCCUGGUUUUCAUUGCCACAAAAUGGCAGCUUUAGGUAAUGUAUUAAAUUUAAUGCCUCCUCUAGUUAGAGAUCAAAACACCCACCUAGCUGUUAAUUCUCAUUAGUGUCACAAUUUGGCGCAGGUCCACAAGCAUGUGCAUAUUAAGGAUGCACAUGGUCUUUUGAAUAGGUCCCCAGCAUUUUUAAGAUACCAAGGAUAUGCUGAAUUGGAAGUGCAGGGAUACCUGCACCUGAUUUUCAGCAAGUAAUUCUUGAAAUGGGUCGCUAAAAGUUUAAUUUUUUCUGUUUGCAAAGAAGUGGCGAGAAAGAUGAUUUUCAAGCAAUUCGGUCAAACAUAUUAGAGGUCUUUUGUUUGUAAGUUCCAGUUGGAACAAACUGGAUUGUUUUCUCUUUCUUUUUAAUGCUAAUAACCCAUUGUUUAAAAUAACCCUAUCCAUUUCUUCCCCUGUUCAUUCGUUUGAUACAAUAAAAUCUUUACAAAACAA